AUUGCCCUGCAUGGUGUCUUCAGCGGAGGACCAUGUUUUCUAUAAUAGGCUUGGUCCAAACUGGUGGCAAUACACCCACUCUCUCUACCCUUGUCAGAAUUAUGCUACAGGAUGAAAGUAGAUGGCGGGCUGUCAAAGACUUCUGUGAGGAGAUAUUUGCUAUUAAAGAAAGUGAUGAGCGGGCCCGAGAACUUGAUCCUUUGGCCUCUGAAGUGAGAAGAAGAAGAGAACGACCUCGGCGUGUUUUGCGCUGA